CGGACUGCCUUUCCUUUCUUUAGAAUUCACGUUUCCAGGUCGAUAUUCGAGGUUUCGAUACGGUCCCAACUAAAAUGGCCAGCCAAGCUCCUGCCGACAACGCGAGUGUCCCCCAGGAACUGCCUGACCGCACUCAGAACCCCGCUGGGGAGGCUCCUCAGGCCGAAGUCUCGAAGAACGCCGCAAAAAAGGCCGCCAAACAAGCUGAGAUGGCGGCUAAAAAGGCUGAGAAGGCCGCAAAGGCUGGAAAGUCUGAGAAGGGUCAAAAGCCCGCUGGCAAGGGACCGAAGGCAAACCCCGAUAAGGCUUUGAUUGGUAUCGAUGUGGGCAAGGACGUGGACUUCCCAGGCUGGUAUCAGCAAGUCCUCACCAAGGGUGAUAUGCUCGACUACUACGAUGUCUCUGGCUGUUAUAUUCUGAAGCCUGCCUCGUACUCUAUCUGGGAGGAGAUUCAACAAUGGUUCAACCAGCGCAUCAAGAAAAUCGGCGUCAAGAACUGUUCUUUCCCUCUAUUUGUGUCAGAGGAUGUUCUGCAGAGAGAGAAGGAUCACAUAGAGGGCUUCGCUGCUGAAGUCGCUUGGGUGACACAUGCUGGCUCCACCCCGCUUGAAAAGAAGAUUGCCAUCCGUCCCACCUCGGAAACCGUCAUGUACCCCUACUAUGCUAAGUGGAUCCGGAGUCACCGAGACCUCCCCCUCAAGCUCAACCAGUGGAACUCCGUCGUCCGAUGGGAGUUCAAGCACCCUCAGCCAUUCCUCAGAACUCGAGAGUUCUUGUGGCAGGAAGGACACACGGCGCAUCUAACUAAAGAAGCUGCUCACGAGGAAGUUAUGUACAUUCUUGACCUCUAUGCGCAAAUUUACGAGGAACUCCUGGCUGUUCCUGUUGUGAAGGGUCAGAAGACGGAGAAAGAAAAGUUUGCUGGUGGUCUCUACACCACGACUGUGGAAGGAUAUAUCCCUGCUACAGGUCGUGGUAUCCAGGGCGGUACAUCUCACGGUCUCGGUCAGAACUUCAGCAAAAUGUUCAAUAUCACCGUGGAAGACCCAUCAGCGAAGGGCGACGAAAAGAAGCCGCCUCUCCACGUUUGGCAAAACUCGUGGGGUCUGUCUACCCGCACUUUGGGUGUUAUGGUCAUGAUCCACAGUGAUGACAACGGAUUGGUUCUUCCUCCCCGUGUUGCUGAAAACCAGGUCGUCGUCGUCCCUGUCGGAAUCACUGCUAAGCUCACGGAAGAAGACCGUGCUAAGCUCUACGCUGAGGUCGACAAAAUUACCGAGACUCUCACUGCCGCUGGUGUCCGCGCUAUCAGCGACAAGCGUGAGGGAUACUCUCCUGGUUGGAAGUUCAACGAGUGGGAGCUCCGUGGCGUUCCUCUGCGAAUCGAGUUUGGCCCUGGCGAGUCUGCAGGCAAUUUUGUCUCCACUGCCCGUCGUGAUAUUCCAGGCAAGGAUGGCAAGGGCACAAUCCCCAUCCCUGAACUUUCCACAGCCGUUCCCGCUCUUCUUGAUACAAUCCACAAGGACAUGUUCAAGCGCGCCGAUGACCAGUAUCGUACACACCGCAAGCUCAUCACCAACUGGGACGACUUCACCCCCGCCCUUAACGACAAGAAUAUCUGCAUCAUUCCCCACUGUCUCACUGAGGAAUGUGAGGAUCAAAUUAAGGAAAUGAGCGCCCGCAAGGCUGAGGAGGAUUCCGGCGUGGCUCAAGACUCUCGUGCUCCUAGCAUGGGGGCCAAGUCCCUCUGCAUUCCCUUCGACCAGCCCGAGGGAAUUGUCCCCGGCGAGACUAAGUGCACUAACCCUAAGUGCACCCGAUUUGCCGAAAAGUGGUGCAUGUUUGGCCGUUCCUACUAAGCAAAGCGCCUUGCCCUGAAGCCUGGCAAAUCAAUAUCACCCCCGCCAAGUCGGCGGUUCGGUCUCUACGAACGACUCUCACGACUCUAACGUCACGUCACCCUUAACGCCGAUUCUUUCAAGCAUAGCAUUGCUUUGCUUGUAGUCCGGUAAUGAUGACCCUCUUCUGUUUUAUAUUUCAAAUCCUUUUAAAGGUCUAGAAAAAUCUUGUGUCUAGCAGGCCUUUCAUAGUUAAACUGAGGCUGUGGUAGGCGCCUGGGGUUUGCAAGAGGCAUUUUCUGUGACUGUUUUUUUUUGGUCGUCUGAAUAAUUAAGCAAUUAGCAUCAUAUUGCGUCGUAUCGUAUA